AUGAGACUUUCGCCACACGUUUUCCAAAGCAUCGCCAAGAUGUUGGACUUUUAUUCCCAAUUUAACCCGUCGCCCCUGUCUAUUAAAAAAUUCAUCGAUUUCGGUCUGAACGCGUCCGAGAAGAAAUCGUUCGUGUUCCUGCGCAAGGAGCUGCCCGUGCGGCUGGCCAACAUCAUGAAGGAGAUCGCCCUGUUGCCGGAGAACCUGCUGCGGAUGCCCAGCGUGGUCGCCGUCAACGAUUGGUACAUGCGCAGCUUCCAGGAGAUCAUCGAAUUCGAGAAGAGGGACGCGAACGAAGAGACGAUGGAGCACUUCUGCAACGAGCUGGUCAAAAUCCGCAACAGGCAUUCCAACGUGGUGGAGACGAUGGCGAAGGGCGUGCUGGAGCUGAAGGACUCCCACGACGUCGACCACCACACCGAGCACAGCAUUCAAUAUUUUUUGGAUAGGUUUUACAUGUCGAGAAUAUCGAUCAGGAUGUUGAUUAAUCAGCACAUCUACUUAUUUUCAGCUUUGCUAUUCGGCGGCCAGUUGGAGAGCGCGCCGGGGCCAAAUCGAAGCAAAUACAUCGGUUGCAUAGACACCCAGUGCGACGUCGUCAGCGUUAUCAAAGAUGCUUACGAAAACGCCAGAUUUCUCUGUGAUCAAUACUAUUUAGCCUCACCUGACCUCAUCAUUGAUGUAUCCAGACACAAUGAAUUGGAAGAAGAGGAACACAACAAGACUAACAUAGUAUACGUGCCAUCGCAUCUUUAUCACAUGCUAUUUGAAUUAUUCAAGAACUCCAUGAGAGCAGUGUUGGAAUACCACGGAUCUUGUGAUCAAUAUCCGCCUAUAACUGUAACAGUAUCCAAAGGAAGGGAAGACAUGUGCGUGAAAAUGUCUGAUAAGGGAGGCGGUAUUCCCCGAUCGACGACCGACCACCUGUUCAAGUACAUGUACUCCACGGCGCCCCAGCCGAGCAAAUCGGACGCCCACACGGUACCGCUAGCCGGCUACGGGUACGGCCUGCCGAUAUCCAGACUGUACGCGCGGUACUUCCACGGCGAUUUGGUGCUGCUGUCGUGCGAAGGGUACGGCACCGAUGCCGUCGUUUACAUGAAGGCACUUUCGAACGAGGCCAACGAGUUGCUGCCGAUAUUCAACAAGACGACGUCGAAGUUCUACAGGACUGUGGUGCAGACCAACGACUGGUCGAAUCAGUGCACGGUGAUCGGGGAGCGAACGAUCAGCACGAAGCACAGGAGUCACCAGUUGCCGCAGUCCGGUAAAGAGUCGAUAAGAGCUUUAUAG